GACAGUUUGUGUCACCAAAUUCUUGUUAAAACCUGGAACUAUCAUGGCCUGCCACAGUCGUGGGAGAAAUUCUCAGGGAUUGUUUUGGACCUAGGAUCCAAGGACAUUAUAGGGGUAUAUGACAUGCAUUUUCUGGCGUAAUACAUAUUCUGCACCAAAGCAAGGUUUCAAAACAAAGAGAUGGAAGGCAGUGAGACCAAGGGAUAUACCUCUCCAGAGAGAUUCAGAAACACUGCUGCAGAGAAGGCAACUGGGGACCUGGAAGCUUUACUGUCUUACUCACUCAUACACUGUCACCAGCAUAUGAAGCUGCAUGGGUUGUUUUUCCCCAUCAUAAUUAUAUUUAUGCCUUGCAGGAAGUUUGAGAUGAGUUUGAGUACCUACACUGGAGAUGAUCCACUUGACUUAUGGGAAAGGUAUGUUGAGCAUCUUGAGAAGGAGCAGAAUAGUUGUAUUUCCAGUGUGCUGAACCGUUUGGUUCAAACAUUUCUUCCACAAAAGCGCUACUGCAAUGACAUUAGAUACAUCAACCUCUGCAUCAAAUGUGCAAGUUAUUACAGUGACCCAAUUAAUCUGUACAGCUACAUACAUGGCGAGGGCAUAGGUGCCAGAACGUCUCCCCUUUACGUUGCUUGGGCCCAGGAGUUCGAAAAGCGAGGCCUGUUUCCACAGGCUGAUGCGGUCUACCAGAGAGCCUUAGAGAACCAGGCAGAGCCAUCUGAAAUGAUUCUUCAACAGUACCGGCUUUUUAAAGCCAGACCUUCAGAGCAUCAGAAUGUAGCACCUGGUGCUGUUCGGAAUCCUCUACAGAACUCCCAAGUGACCAACCAAAUGGAGCAACAGAGAGAGAGACUUUUUCCACAGUUCAAGGACCCUGAAGGUUGGGCCCAGGUUCCCACUGACCGGACCCUUCGCAUAAUCUCCAGGUCUGAGAACACACCAGUAACCCAACCUGGUCAGGCCUCAUCAGUAACCUUACAGUCGGUCUCCAUGUACUGUGUGAAUGACCUGGUCUGUGAAGGCUCUGAGAUGUGUUUUGAGGAACUCAGAGCACAGCGCUACUUUGAGAAGUGCAGGCAGCAGAAGACACUGAGAGAGUGGGAAGAGAAACAGAGAUGCCUGAAGGAAGAAGAAGAAGAAGUGAGGCAACUGAAGAGUUGCUUGGUAGAGCUGGAGAGCAUCCUGAAUGCUAACAAAACAGAAGAACAGCAGGAUGCCUGUACUUUGAAAGACGGUUCCCUUAACAAAUCUAGUUCUCGUCUACACCCAGAACCUUACCAGCAGCCGAACGGGCAUCGUAGUGUAUCCAGUGGGGGGUCGACACUUGUGCAAAAUUUGAAUGCUGGCCUGCCACCUGGGUCAUUGCCAAGGGCACAUCUGCUACCCCAUGGGCAGUCCUUCCAGUGUUCUACUUUGGAUACCCUGGGUCCCCACACCCUGGUACAGCCUGUGUUGGCAGGCUCUGAGAAAGACGAAGCUGCGGCUGUGUUUGGCCACUGCUUAUCCCAGCCGUCACAGCUGAGCAAGAUGAUGCCUUCCCUGCAAGGCCCACCUGUGACUCUCUCUGGCCCUGUAUUAGGCUCCUUUACAUCUGCAUCCCUGGUGGAUCAGAGCACCAACAUUUCCUGUUGUUCAACAGCCUCUCUUGAGAUAACUGGUUUGAAAAGGGCAGCUUGUGCAGUUCAAAGUGAGAGUGGUGGUUUCCACACAACCAACAUCAAUAACCAUUCCACCAGCAAGUUUGAUCAACAGAGCUUCAGAGGGGAGCUAGAUCCUUCUGGCAACACUGUGAUGGAAAUCAAUGGCACACAAGAUGUGUCAGAAGGGGGGACUGAGAAUCUGUCCCACAUCACCCCGAACACAUCCCUGGGCCUGGUCCAGGCAACCCCUUGCAGAGUGCAGCCAUCUCCCACUGUGAACACCCGGGAGGCUCUUGAUGUAAUCAUGGACAUGUUUCAAGCUCCGACCUUAAUUCAGGAUGAGUCACUCAGAUGCAUGUCUCGGAAAUUACCAGACAACACUUCGGACAUCACUUAUCAGCACACUGUUAUUCAACCUUCUGGAACAGGAAGGGCCCCUACUGCAGUUCCCUUCUCCAUAUUCCAGGAUGAAAAUGAAAAAGAAAAUGCAGGAGUGAACCCUAGGUUGGGAGCGACUCGGCCAGCGCGCAUUUUGGCAGACCUCCCUGUAUCCAAGCAAGUGAAACAAAAUGACACAUCUGCAAGUGUGAAGUCCUCUACAGAUGACAGCACAGUGUGGGGUCCACACUGCAACAACAACCUGGCCACCUGUCCCAACAACACUGGAGACUUUGCAGUUGCUGCCUGUCUAGUCUCAACACCCUUCCAUGCUACCACAACACAACCUUGGAAACUGGAUGAGGACCAGGAAAACCAUCUACAAAGAGUGUUCAGUGACUCGAAGACUUUUCAGCACCAGUCCACCAAAUUGAGCCCGAUUCUGGAACAAAGCUCAUUUGAAGAGAAGGGACCGCUGUCCAGUACAGCCAUGUGCAGUGACCAAGGGACUAUCUUUGACCAUCACAUGUUGCCAGCAUCUUCCAUCUCUGAGCAGUCGGAGCGGUCAAAGACACUUUCAUUCCCAGAGCAAAUGCUGAGCCCAGACAAUUCUGCUUCUUCCGGGAUCCUUGCUCAGAAGUGUCAGAAAGACUGGGAUGUUGGCGUGAGCCCAGACCUAGCACCUAAGCUAGACAUUUUCCAUGUGAAAAGCCCAGAGCAUGACGCUGAGCCAGACUGGGUCUCUCUGAAAAGUGUGGAACAUGAAAUUAUGUCAGAUGUGUCCCCACCUAAAAGUCCAGGUGAUGCACCAAAGUCAAACUGGUUCCUGUCCAAAAGUCCAGAACAAGUGUCCAUAUCAGAUUUUGUCCUGCCAAAAAGCCCAGAACAAGCAACAAGACCAGAUUUUGACAUUCCAAUGAGUCCAGAUCCAGAAGCUCGGCCAGUUCAGGAUGUUCCAUCACUUAAAACUAUGAUGCUGAUUUCUGAUCCAUGGGAUGAAGAUCUAAUUUCCAGGUUGCUGGCUAGACUGCCUACUCCACUCAGCUGUACCCCAAACUUCAGCACUUGGAACUGCAAAGUCCCUUCCAUUGUGCCAAAAACAACUGUAACUAUAGGUACGGAAUCCUUUCGGGUAGACUGUGUGCUUGGGGAGGGAGCAUUUGCAACUGUUUACCAAGCAAGGUGCCUUGCAACCUCGGAAAAACUAAUUUUCAAGGUUCAAAAACCACCCAACCCCUGGGAGUUCUAUAUCAACAGCCAGCUAAACCAGAGGCUCCCAUCCAGUUUGCGCCACCUCUUCAACAACCUUUACUCUGCUCACCUCUUCCAGAAUGGCAGUGUGCUCCUGGGCGAGCUCCACAACUGUGGCACACUACUAAAUGUGGUGAAUCUGUACAAGAACACGUGCGAGAAGGUGAUGGCCCCACCACUUGCCAUGUACUUUGCUGUCUGCAUUCUUCAGAUGGUAGAGCAUCUCCACAGUUCCCAAAUCAUCCAUGCUGACAUCAAGCCUGAUAAUUUCAUAUUUGGGGAGAGGUUCCUUGAGAAUGAAUGUUUUGACCCGGACCAUCUGGACCAUGGACUGGCACUAAUUGACCUAGGACAGAGCAUUGACAUGACCCUUUUCCCAGAAGGCACAGCCUUCACAGCCAAGUGCAUGACAUCUGGUUUCCAGUGUACAGAAAUGUUGAGUGGCAGACCAUGGAACUACCAGACUGACUACUUUGGUAUCGCAGGCACCGUUUACUGCAUGAUUUUUGGAACAUACAUGAAAGUCAAAAAUGAAGAUGGUGUUUGGAAGACAAAUGCUGUUUUUAAGAGGAACCCCCAUGCUGAACUGUGGAUGGAAUUCUUUCACACCCUGCUGAAUGUGCCUGACUGUACCUCCCUGCCUUGCCUGCGCAUACUGCGCAGCCGCUUGAGUGCUGAACUGCAGCAAAACUACGGCACCAAGCUGCGCAUGCUUAAAAAGCGCCUCGUGGGACAGCUUCUGGAGAGCAAGCGCUCCUGCAAAUGAACCUUUUCUGCCCAAUCUAGCUGGUGAUUCCUUUUAAUGUUGGCAUUGUAAAUAGGUUUUACUCCAACUUUACUCAUUUUUUUAUAAUCGUGAAACAAAACAGUGUAUCUGCAAAUGCAAUAAAGUACUGUAU